AUGCCCGGCAUAGACUCCAUGGCAGGUCAAUCAUCCUCGGAGGUGGAUGUCACCAAGCGCGCCGCCGACAACGGUAACUCGAGCACUGAAAAUACUGAGCAGCCUCCUUCCAAGAAGGCACGUGUGGACAUGCCAUCGGAUAACGAUGAGCAGGUGGUUGUGCCAGAACGUGAUAGAGGCAUCGCCCCCAUAAAGGCUGAAUACCGCAUUUCCAAGACCAAGUUUGCGCCGGAGCCCACAGAUACCGACGAUGCUGCUGAAGCUGGCUCACAUGCCGAACGAGACGAUGAGAAGAAGGGAAAGAAAAAGAAGAAGCCCACCGGCCAAAACACGAACCGCAGUUUCGGCCCCGAAUUCUCUCCCAAGGAGUGUCAGUAUGGUGAGAAGUGUCGUUUUGAACACGAUCUCCGACUCUAUCUGAAGCAAUACAAGAGAGAGGAUAUCGGAACCUUCAAGGGAAUUUGUCCUGUCUGGGACACUCGUGGAACAUGCUCGGCUGGUUGGAAAUGCCGUCUGGUUGGCACCCACUCAACUGAGAGGGAAACAGAGGACGGACGGAAGGAAUUGAUUCUGCUGGAGGAUGAGGAGCGCAAGCAGAAGGCCCAGCCUAAAGUCCCAUUCGCGAAUGCCGAGGGCAUGACCAACAUCAUUCCCGCAGCGGACAAAGUCGCUCUCGCGCGUAAGAAGGAGACAACUCCUCGUGCCAAUCAGUACAAUGAAUGGCUCAAUACGGCAGCACAAGAAUUGGAGAAGAACAUCCAUGGCAAGAAAAAGAAUGAGAUCGCCGAAGCUGAGAAUGCCGAGCAGACCAAGGAUGAACUGGAAGACAAUCGCGCUCUAUAUACCGAGCCUCCCUUCAUGCCGUCUGAGAAACGACGCAUCUACUUUGGCCCCGAGACUCCGACAUUGGCACCAUUGACCACACAGGGCAACAUGCCUUUCCGACGGCUCUGUACCGAUCUAGGCGCCCAAUUCACCUACUCUGAGAUGGCCAUGAGUAUGCCACUUAUCCAAGGCAACAAAUCAGAGUGGACUUUACUCAAGGCCCACGAGACAGAAAUGCUCCCGCCCAGCGUUAUCCCGGGAGACAAUAUCGUUCAAGGCUACGACAACUCUAAAGAUUUUAAGUUCGGUGCUCAAAUCACGGCCAACAAACCCUGGCAAGCGCUCAAAGCCACUGAAGUUCUUUCUAAAUUCACCCCCCACUUGCGUGUGAUUGAUCUCAACUGCGGUUGUCCUAUUGAACUCGUGUUCCGUGACGGCGCUGGGUCUGCCCUUCUGGAUCACCACUCGAAAUUGGAGAAAAUGAUUCGUGGUAUGAAUGCUGUAUCUCAGGAAAUUCCCAUCACCGUUAAAAUCCGUAUGGGAACCAGGGAUAACUAUCCUACUGCUCAAAAGCUCGUUGAGCGUAUGGUUCUCGGUGGCCACGAAUCUAAUGUCCUAAAUAUCGGUCCUCCCGGUGCUGCCGCUAUUACGCUGCACGGCCGAAGCAGACAACAGCGGUAUACUCGCCAGGCGGACUGGGGUUAUAUUGCCGAUACUGCGGCACUUAUUAAGCGACUGAAUGAGACGAAGGAUGAAAUCACUGACACUAUUCGUGAGCCUGAUGCGCGCUUCCAGCCGAAUGGGGGUAGAACUUACUUCCUCGGAAACGGUGAUUGCUUCUCGCAUAUCGACUAUGAUGACCACGUCAACAAUGGCGGUGUUGAUUCAGUUAUGGUUGCACGCGGUGCACUCAUAAAGCCCUGGCUCUUCGAAGAGAUUCAGUCCGGCCAGUACUUGGACAAGUCUGCAUCGGAACGUCUGAGCUACAUAGAAAAGUUUGCCAAGUACGGUCUCGAGGCAUGGGGAUCUGACGAGCACGGUGUCGGCACUACUCGCCGCUUCCUGCUAGAAUGGCUCAGCUUUGCCUAUCGCUACAUUCCUAUUGGAUUAUUGGAGCAUCUUCCUCCCAGAAUUAAUCAGCGACCUCCUGCUUACCGUGGCCGUAAUGAGUUGGAGACUCUGAUGGCCAGCGAUAAUUACAAGGAUUGGGUUAAGAUCACUGAGAUGUUCCUUGGUCCUGCUCACAAAGACUUCAAGUUUGAGCCCAAGCACAAGUCCAAUUCUUACGAGGAAGCGGAAGGAUAG